CAAGCCCCUAUACUUGCGAACACAAGAGACCACAAGAAGACGGGGCAACCCAGCAGAGUGGAUAAACCUAGAGACAUCUGUUUUAUUACUAUGCCGAUAUAUUAAAAAAAAAAAUUGUAAGAGCAAAAAACAACAAGUCGAGGUGUCUUUCAAUUUGAGACUGAGAGGUUCAAGAACAGAAAAAAUGAUAGCUGCACCAUGGCUAUCAGUUUUGCUCCUGUUUUUCGCAACAGGAAUACAUACAACAACUGGAAUGGCUACAACAACUGAAGUAGAGACAACAACUGGCGAUGCAACAACCACUGGAGUUUUCACUACAACUGGAGAACCAACAACUGAAGUGGUGACAACAAUUGGAGUAGUUACAGCAACUGAUGGUGCAACAGCCACUGGAGUUUUAACUACAACUGGAGAAGCAACAACUGAAAUAGUGACAAAUGGAAUAGUGACAUCAGCCGGAAUAGCGCCAACAACUGAACUCGAGACAACAACCGGCAAUGCCACACCCACUGGAGUUUUCACUACAACUGGAGAAACAACAGCUGAAGUUGUGACAACAACUGGAAUAACAACAACAACCGGGAUAGUGACAACUGAAGUAGAGACGACAACCGGAGUUGCGACAACUGGAGAUGCAACAACCACUGCAGCUUUAACUACAACUGGAGAAGAAACAACUGAAGUUGUGACAACAACCGGAAUAGCAACAACUGGCGAUGCAACAACCACUGGAGUUUUAAUUACAACUGGAGAACCAACAACUGGAGUUGUGACAACAACUGGAAUAGCAACAACAACCGGGAUAGUGACAACUGAAGAAGAAACGACAACUGAAGUAGAGACGACAACUGGAGUUGCGACAACUGGAGAUGCAACAACCCCUGGAGUUUUAACUACAACUGGAGAACCAACAACUGGAGUUGUGACAACAACUGGAAUAGCAACAACAACCGGGAUAGUGACAACUGAAGAAGAAACGACAACUGAAGUAGAGACAACAACCGGAGUUGCGACAACUGGAGAUGCAACAACUACUGCAGUUUUAACUACAACUGGAGAACCAACAACUGAAGUUGUGAUAACAACUGGAAUAACAACAACAACCGGAAUAGUGACAACAACUGAAGUAGAGACAACAACCGGAGUAGCAACAACUGGCGAUGCAACAACCAAUGCAGUUUUAACUACAACUGGAGAAGCAACAACUGAAGUUGUGACAACAACCGGGCUAGCAACAGCAACUGAAGUAAAGACAACAACCGGAAUAGCAACUGCUGGCGAUGCAACAACCACUGCAGUUUUAACUACAACUGGAGAAGCAACAACUGAAAUAGCAACAACAACCGGAGUAGCAACAACAAUCGGAGUAGCAACAACAAAUAAUGGUGCAGCAACCACUGGAGUUUUAACUACAACUCAAGAAGCAACAACCGAGGGUGCAACAGCAACCGGAAUCGCAACAACUACUGGAGGCUCAUUAACAACCAAAGUCAUAACAACAACUGAAGGGGCAACAACAACAGGAGUUGAGACAACAAUCAGAGCAGUGACAACACCCGUAGGUGCGACAACAACUCAAGUUGCGGCAACUACUGAAGGUGUGACAACAAAGGGGGAGGUGACAGCUACUGGUGACGCAACCCCUGGAGGAGGGACAACAACUGGAGCUGCAACAACAACCGGAGGUGCAUCAACAACCAAAAGCGAGACAACAACGGGGAAUGUGACGACGACUGGAGUUGUGACAACGACCAGACGUCCAACGACAACCAUGGAUGAAACAGCCAUUGUAACAAUCAAAGUUACGACAACGACCAGUAAUGGGACAACAAACGGAGUUGCAACAACAAUCGGCAAUGCGACAACGAUCUUUGGUGCCACAACAACCACAGGAGUGUCAGCAACCAGUGGCACGACAACAGCUGGAAACACGACAACACCAACAACCGGAGAUGCAGCAACGACGGGGAAUGUGACGACGACUGGAGGUGUGACAACGACCGGACGUCCAACAACGACCAGGGAUGCAACAGCCACUGGAUUUGCCACAACCACCAGAGUAGCAGCAACAACCAGUGCAGCGACAACAACUGUGGGUGUGACAACAAUCAAAGUUACGACAACGACCAGCAAUGGGACAACAAACGGAGGUGCAACAACAAUCGGCAAUGCGACAACGAUCUUUGGUGCCACGACAACCAGAGGAGUGUCAGCAACCAGCGGCACGACAACACCGACAACCAGAGAUGCAGCAACGACUCGGGCUUUGAUAACCACCGGCGGUGCGACAGUGACCACAACUACAACAGCCUUAGCAACAACAACGAAACAACUAAAUGCAACAUCAACCACAGUAGUCGUAACAAGUCCAAAGACAACAGUCGUAGUAGCAACCACCACCACUCCAGCUACCACAACGACAACCACGGCAACAACGACCACCACAAGCCGUGCACCACCCCCUGUUGUUGUUAGGGUUGUAGUUGUUGUUGUUGUGGUCGUGUUUGAACCAUUUGUACCAGCACUGGCUGACCCCAACAGUCCACAAUUUAUUGUUCUCGCUCGAAGAAUCUUCUUAGUGUAUGACGUCAUUUACAGAAGGAGGUACACAACAUAUAGACGCUGCGUCGUUCGAGGUUUCAGGCGCUCUGUGGGCCGGGUCCGAGUGGACAACACCGAGGCAGAAGUGGACAUCGAGUUCGACGACGACACCACAACAGGCGAAUCAAUUCCCAGCGCAGAAAACGUGGCCAAAACGUUAAGAGAGGCCGUGUCCGACCCCAACAACAACUUCAACCUCACCUUUGAUGAGGAGUCGAUACAAGCUGCUGUGAGAGUCACGACAACCGUUGCGCCGGUGACGAGGGUAACCCCUGCCGAGGCGCUCACGAUGCGACGAGUGACGUUCAGAUCGGUGAGAGAGCAGUUCACCAACGACUUGCUGAAUUCAUCUUCCGCAGCAUUUAUCAGGCGGGCUUCCACGGUCAAGACAACGCUUGAACCUUUCUACCGAAGAGCAUUCACCUCAUUCCGAACACUGGAAGUGACUUCAUUCAGGAACGGCUCCAUCAUCACCAACAUGGAUUUGAGUUUUGUAUCCAGCUCGGUGCCCGACAACAGCGCCAUCGCUCGCGUUUUGGUGGAGGCCGCGGCCAUCAUCACGGCCUUUGACGUGGACACAUCGUUCAUAUUUGUGAAUGGCGAGCAGGUUUCAAGUGGAUCAAUGCACAAAACAACCGUGUUCAGCACGUGCUGCCUGGUGCUGUUGUCAUGGUUAUUGGCAAAGCAGCAAUGAUGAAUAAUUAAUUAUUGUGAACUUUUUUUUUUUCACGUCCGAGGGAAGAUAUGCCUAUAUGACAUGUACUGCUUAGUUUAUAUCACGCGGAACAAAAUCAUGAGUGGUCACACGACAAGUUUAAAUACGCCAAAUUAUGAAAUUGCUCUUGAAAAAUGCUAACAAUUUGUCUUUUAGUAUUUCACGUGGGUAACUACGAUUGUGCUACUCAACUAUAACUGAGCAAAAUUAACAUUUGCUUUCAUAAAAAUAAAAUACAACAAUAAUAAUAAUGUUUUUGCCAACACCUGUCUUGAAGGGCACCAGCUAUAUGACUUUUAAAGGUCAACUGUGAAGUAACUUUCGAAAAUGCCAAACGAAAUAUUUUUACGUCAAGUAAUUAAACACAUUCACCAAAGAAUGAAAAAAAAAUCUGUUUCGUAAUUUGACAAAGUAAUAUUUUCGCCGAAGUGAGAUCCUGACAAGCGUCAACCCCGAAAGUGUGACGUCACCUCAAGACAACAAUGGCGGGCCUCACGAUCGAAAGUGUACAAAUCCAGUCAGAAAUCGAUUCGGAAAGCGACGUUUUAAACUUAUCUGAGGGGAUCCGGGUGUAUGAAGGGUUGGAGGAAGGGGAGGUGCGGUCGAACAGAUAUGUACGAGCCAGAUGCUUAGGAUGCGGAAAAUGUUAUGCCUGAACGGCUAGACACAACUAGCAACUAGCACUGAGAGCACACGUUGUAGUGGGUUGGUGUCCUACAUUGUCAUUGCCAAGCUAGUUUUCUUGCGCUGUCGGCCACUCUGCACAUGAUGUACUUUUUUUCAGAUCCUGUUGAGAAAACAGUUGUCCUCAAAGUGCUUGUGACAAAAUAAUGCUCGUCGACACCGGCGUGAAAUUCAUUCUCGCUUUGCAAGAACGAAACCGUAUCGCUCCAGUUUUCUGGUCCAUUUACGUGCCCUAUUCUUUUGCCUGCAUAUGAACAUUUUGCCGAAUCACUCGAUAACAAUCGACAAUGCAGUACAAUGGCUGAUUGAUUGAUGACUUGGCAUUCUGUAAAUGAUGUAACUCGCUGAACAAAAGCAUUUUUGUUGUUAAGCGUGUCGCUGUGGGUCUAACUAUGAACCCAGGUGGGUCGCGUGAAAAAGCAUGCUUGGAAUAGUUUUACUGAAAAGAUAGUUGGCCAAGUUUACUUCACGCCUAACCUUUAAAGUGCAAUUGUUCUUGUAAAAUGGCUUUUUUGGGGGGGGGGAUUAAAUGGAAUUUUCGAACAAAACGUCAACAUUUUUCCCGAUAAUGACAAGAUUUUCUUAUUAAAUGAUAACAUUUGUCUCAUAUUUCACCAGUAUGGUAGUAUUUCAACUUUAAAUGUGGCAAAUUGUGACAUUUUUAUUGUAACAUGCCAACAUUUUUCUUGUAAAAUGACAGUAUUUUGAUCAGGAAGUCUUCUCGGAUGAGAAGCGAAACGUCUACAAAGACAAAAAGAGCAGGCCAAUUGUGAUCAAUUCAUUGCCCCGAGAAACAUAAACUGAGCCAAUUUUUCUUGAAAAACAUCACGAAUUUUCUGAAAAAAUAGCGGUGCGGUUCUUGCAAAAUGUCAGAAGUGUACAUCGAUGGCUCAAACCUCCUGAGAACACAAGUAUUGGGAGACCCUUACUAACUGCAUUAAAUGACACUGUACUUGUUUUGUGUGUAUGACAAUAAAGCAUGACUACAUUUAA